UACCAGUUUUAUGGGUGUUUCCAAGUAUUGUUGUUAGCGCGCAAAUCAAAUAUCGGUCUUGUCUAUUCUAUUAGUAGCGUGGCGCAAAGCUAUACGUGAACGCGCAGCGAACGGCCGAACGAUCCGUAGUGCAGCUGUCGCUUUUUACCACAGGUUUUCAGCAACAGACUACGCGCCGUUUCACUUAAACCAAUCCCUUCUUUAAAGGAGGCAUUGCUUGAACGCAAGUUAAGCGUGGCGUGUAAGGACCCUUUCAUUACGCAGUAAAAACAGUGCGGCUUUUGUGUUAUGAGUAUGAGGCAGCCAAGGAGGUUGAGCGCGCCCCACUUGCGUUCGAAAAGCCCGGUACUGCUUCCGCUACACAGCUGGAAUGGAACGAUGGAAUGCCGGAGGCUUGCGCGCAAGAAGAAAAGAAAACCUUGGUCCCCUUUCUACUCGCGCGCCUGUCGGCAGCUGUUCGUGAGGGGGCGAGCCUGAUUGCCGCGCUGCAUGUUGAGUGGAUGGGCGCCUCUUCUCAAGUGCUUGAUCGCGAGUGAGCGGAGAUACGCACGCAAUACCAUCACGUUGUACCAGCGGGCGCGUGCCUGAAGCCGGGCGAAAGCUGUCCCAAUCGGCGCGAUGGCGGCAGAAGCGGCAUCCGCCUACCCGAGCGUUCUCCAGCUCGCGGUGCAUGCGCUGCGCAAAUUUCGCACGGAGUUUGGGUCGGACCCCGUGUACUACGGAAGCGCGCCAGGCCGCGUCAACCUGAUCGGCGAGCACGUGGACUACUGCGACGGCCUGGUGCUGCCAUGCGCCAUGCCGAUGUACACUGUGGUCGUUGGCUCCGCUGUCGUGGGAAGCAGCAUGUGCAAUGUUCACAGUUUAAGCUAUCCUGAGCCGGCAAGCUUUGAGCUGCCGUCAGAAGAGAAUCCUCUGAAACCAGGUGGACCAUCGUGGAGUAAUUAUGUCCGAGGCGUUGUCGCUCACUUCCCAGGACGCCUACGGAGCGGCUUCAACGCAGUCGUGAUCAGCUCAGUGCCUGCAGGAGCUGGCCUGUCCAGCUCAGCCGCACUGGAGAUGGCCAUGUUCAGCUUCCUCAGGGCACUGCUUCAGCCAGAGGAACUCAGCGAUGCACACCAGGCUCCACUGUGCUGCCAGAAGGCAGAGCACGAGUUUGCCGGUGUGCCGUGCGGCAUCAUGGACCAGAUGGCUGCCUACUGGAGCAAGCCGGGCCAUGCCUUGCUUCUCGACUGUCGGUCCCUUGCCUUGGAGCACGUGCCUGUCAACCUGACCUCCGUGGUGAUUCUGGUGACCGACUCGCAAGUGAAACACGCUCUCACAGGUGGUGAAUACGCCCAACGCCGUGAGAACUGCCAGGCUGCCAGUGCCAUCCUUGGCAAGAGCCUGAGAGAUGCUUCGCUUGAAGAUCUCGAAGGCUGUCGGGAACGAAUGACAUUGGAACAGUACCGACGAGCCCGACACGUCAUAUCUGAAAUCCAGCGCACGGCCCAAGCAGCUGAACUGCUCCGAAAGGGUGACUUCCGGAGCCUGGGCGAACUCAUGAAUGCCAGCCACGCAUCUCUUAGGGAUGAUUUUGAGGUUUCCUGCCCCGAGCUGGACGAACUGACUCGGCUGAGCCUAGAGUCUGGAGCAUACGGAUCUCGGCUCACAGGUGCGGGAUUCGGUGGGUGCACUGUAACGUUGGUGGAGGAGCAGCACUUGACAGCUGUGAUGGACAAUAUCAAGAAUAACUACAAGGGACAAGCUCGCUUCUACAUCUGCAAGCCGUCGGGAGGUGCGUCCUAUGGCCGCAUGAGCAGUCUCAACAGUGUGGCGAAGCAUUGAAGUAUACAAGCACGAGUUACGUGUGUGUCGUUUUUAAAAUGGAAUUGUUUAAAAUGGAACUUAAAGGGACACUAAAGACAGAAAAAUUAUUUCAGGCAUAUUUUCCUUUCUUUUACCAUGAGAGGAGGCUUGAUUAGCCAGAAAAUAUGCAAAAACGAAAGGCAAGUGGCGACACUGCCUUGAAGUUUCCGCAAUAACUCACCGUGAUGUCAUGAGCUGUCACGGUGUCUGCUUGGUGGCUAAUUAUUUUUUUUAUCACUAAAGAGGGACUACAUUGUAAAUCGGUAUUGAAGUUCUGUUUUUUUAUUUGAUGCUUCAACGUUGUCACUUCGUGAACCAGACAUUGAUGCUUGGCCUUUUAAGUAAUUGUUUCGAGCAAUGGGCUUCCCAAUCACGGUUGUGCUGCAGACCAGAUUUACUCGACAGCAUUCCAAGAAACUUGUUCGUGCCACUGCAUGCUGUCAUCUGAUCUAAACUGCAUCAUCAUCAUUACUAUCAGCGUAUUUUUAUGUCCACUGCAGGACGAAGGCCACUCUCAUUGAUCUCCAAUUGUGCAUGUCUUGCACUAUAUGACCCUGUCUUAAGCCUACAAAUUUACCAAUUUCAUCCUAGUUAUCUGCCAUCGUCGAAUGCGCUUCCCUUCCCUUGGCAGCCAUUCUGUAACUCUUAAAGGAGCACUGCUUAUCUGUAGUGCCUUACAUGACCUGCACAACUUCAGUUCUUCCUCCUGAUCUCAACCAGGAUGUCGGCUACUCCAGUUUGCUCUAUCAUCCACACCAUUGUGUUCCUGUCCCUCAACAGUACCCCUGUCAUUUUUCAUUUUCAAACUGCACAAUGUGCCCUCACAGUUUCGACUCCCUAGUCUUUUAAGCACUCUGGUACGGGGUGUCUGACAAUUCACAAGACUUCACAUGUGAAGAUUACAGUCCACUGGGUGCAGGCACAUGGUCAGGACUAAUACAGUGACCUUGCGGACCGCAGUGCUCACUCUUUCUCGACACCUGUAACUCUUCUUCCCUAUGACCCCCAGUCAGUUCUCAUUGCCCGAAAACCUAUCCUUUGGUGAGACACGCAUGCCCUAUAUAAGUUUGUUAUGACAUUUUAAAGUGACGCUAAAUAUUUAAGUAAAAAAAAAAUAUGUUCAGCAUGGACGAGAGUAUCCAAGAACAUUUCUAUAAUGGUAUCAAAAAAAAGCAUCACUACAAAGGAAAGAGCGAAACGAGCGAGGGCCGUGUUUCAAUCAUCAAAAGCGUGUAACUCCGCUAUUACGGCACCAUUCUGAAAAAUUAUCGCGGCUACGUGUUCGUUAUAGACUCGUGCACAACUGCAACACAACAACUAAAUUUCGAUUAACGCCAAAGCCGGAUUAUCUGCGGCACAGGGCCCUUAACGCUAUUGCAUUAGUAAGGAGCAAUCCAGGGAACAGGCCACGAUUUUACGUCAGAUGCAAACUGACUCUUUCCCCUGCCCUCACAGAUUGGUGUAUAUAUUACGUACGGCCAGGUGGAACCAAUUUGCCUGAAUUGCGGCCGGAACCAACUGGCCACCCAAAAUCAUAUCUUAUGGGGAUGGUCUGGCAAAAUCCCCACCCCCGAAAAAAAAAAAAGAACUGCUGCUGCCAAGCUUCCUCGGAGGAAGUCUGGGGUGCCCUCUUAUGGACAGCAGACAAUACGAUACAAGAAGAUCUCACAACCUGGGACACGGUGUCCUGUCGUGUCACCGCGUCUGCAGGUCAACGUUACUGCAGGUCGCCUCAACCGAAGCCACCUAGAGGCCUAGGCUUCUCAGACCUUUUUGUGUGAAAUUUUUAAUAAAGUUUUUUCCUCCUCCUAGUGCAUGCCAGAAGUACAGUGCACUGUACCAAAAGCGCGCGAGCUGCGCAAUGAAUCUGCCAGCAGCUUGUAGCCAGCCAGCCUCCGAAAACGGGCAGUGUGCAUGCAGGAAGGAAAAAGUGAGCAUCGCGCAAUGCGACUGAAGCCAAGCAUGUUGGCCCAACACGUG